CCUCAUCUUCAGAUCUCUAUUCAGGCACCUUUAGGCAGACCUUCCAUACUUUGUGAAUUCAGAGAGCAUGGAACAUACAGUUUUUAUGCCAACACCACAAAGGCCACAGGCAGCAUCCAAAUCCAAAUGGAGCAUCUUCCACAUUUGUACAAUUUGUACUUUUGUGCUCUCUGUGGCUGUGCUUGCAUUCUGCCUUGCUUUUCACCAGGCUAAAUAUCUCACUGUGUGCAGUUCCAAAGCUAAAUGGGCUCCAGAUUCAAACACAUGGCUAUGGAGACCCAAGAAGUGCAGCCUAGAGUGGCUCAAGGCGAACAACUCGACAGUGGAAAUAAACAUAACAGGCUUUUACAUGAUCCACAUCCAAGUAUCCUACUCUGUGUCUUUACAAAAUGGAAUGGUGCCAAAGUCUCAGAUUGAGCUAAAAGUGCUUUGUGAUGGUUCUUCACAGAAAAAUAUAAUAAGGGAAGUCUUUUUCACAGAUGCUGCUAAUCAAAAAAAAAUUGUUACAUUAGAUGCAUCUGCUCUUCUAAUGAAAGGAAACAAAAUCCAACUUCAUAUAGAAGGACAUACAAAUGCUAUUUUGGUACAUGAUAGUUUAACUUUCUGGGAAAUAAAUGCAAUUACCGGUCCUGAAAUCGGGCCUUCUGGACAUUGUACAGCUGACAAACUGGAGAGCAGAUAAAUAGCCAUGCAAAAAUAUGACAUCUGAUAUAAGGUGAGCCUUCAGGGAUGUUGUGCUAAGUAAGCAAAUAUAACAUGCUUAAUGCUGGUUUGGGGUUCUUACUAUUUAAAAUUUUUUAAUGUAUAGUUGAUUUGUCAACAUUAAUAAAGAUUUAAAAAGGGGGUUGUUACUCAUGAAUUCUCUUCUAUUUGCACUCUCAUAUCGAGAAAGGAUCAGUCCAUAGGCUAAUGGAGCCUGCCACUGUAUAGUUGGUAAAGGGAAAAGACAAAGGAGAUUGGGAUGUUAAAAAACAGAUAAGACACAAUAAAAUGUUGCUUGAAUACAAAGGGAAGGGAGAAAUAAGAAAGGGAUGAAGAUGUGAAAAGAGAAUAGCAUAGGAGAAAAGAGAAUAAGAAAACUAGGGGAAUACAGCAAGGCUGAGAGUAAGCUAGAUGUAAUAUUAGAAAUUGGAAGGUGGAGGCAGCAAAAAAAUAUGUAUAAACUUAAAGGAGAACUAAAGCUU